UAGACAAAGGUCCCCCGGGCCUGUAACCAAGUCAUUGCUAAGGACACGGAGAUGGCAAUGCCAGGAGAGUCAGCUGCAGAUCUUGGGCAGACCCUGGAGUGGCUGAGGGAGGAGCUGGCCGAGAUGCAGAUCCAAGACCAGGAACUACUGCUCACGCUGAGGCAUCUGCACAGCCUCCUGGAGGAGCUGCGAGCUGAGAGCACCCACUGGGAGGACACAAGGCCCAGCCCAAGCACAUCGCCUUUCCGAGCGAGGCUGGGAUCAGAGGGCAGAGCCCGCCAGCCUGUGCCGAGGCAACUGACCCAGCUGCCUCGAGAGGAAAAGAACAGGCGAAGCUCCCUUCCUUAA